UGCACUCCACUGUCACUACGCGCGGCGCGGAACUAGUUGGAGUAUAGACGCCACAGAGAUGGCGAGUUGUCGUCGUCGGUUGAUGGUCGUCGUCUCGUGCUCCCUGACGGCUAUGGUCCUUUACCCUCCUGUCAAGGUCUACGUGAAAAACAUGCAGGUCUCCCCUCACCCCUGGAGAGGUAAAGUAGCCGCAGAGCGCUAUAACAGUCAACAAAAUCUUAAUUUGAGUGACAGCUCUGUCAAGACUGAGGAGCCCUCAAGCUCAGCUUCGAGAUACACAGCAACAGUUAGAUUGACAAAGAUGAAGUGUACACCUGCUGAUGACACUAAAGGACUUCCUUGGGACGACAAUACUACCACGGAAGACGACUUAUAUAGUCCAUACAUAAGUAAUAUUCAGUUUACCAAAGUUACCAAAGUAAUACAGUCAGAUAACCUAACCCUCUACGUGUGUAAUAUACACUUAAAAGUUGACCCCUGCUCUUGCACCCGUACUAUUGAGGCUCACCUGCUGCACCCCUGUCCCACCAACACUGCUGAUCCUGAUGAACUCCUGCAACAAAUAAAGUCCUCCCUUGGAGAGUCCAACUGUGGAGACUUUGCCACACUCAGGGGUGGCGGCCAGAAGGUAGUGAGUUAUUCAGUGUACGGGAAGUUCCCCAACGAUUAUUACCAGGGAAUGGAGGAGCUGCUGCCUCGUCUCCGCCAGGUGUACCCCGAUUGGAGUGUCCGUGUGUAUCUAGACAUCAGCAGCACCUCCCUGCAGAACUGGGUGUGUUCCUUGGUGUGUGAACAUCCUCACCUCGACGUGUGCAAUGUCAGACAGCUACCGAUGCUGGGGGACGUGAGCAGCUCUACUGGGCGUGUGUGGAGAUUCAGCGUGGUGGGGGACGCCCUGGUGAGCCACUACAUGAUUCGUGACUCCGAUUCCCCCGUCCUACAGAGAGAGGUGGACGCCGUGGACCAAUGGCUCAAGUCACACACGUGUUACCACAUAAUGCGGGACAACAUCUACCACUCGUUACCGAUGUUGGCGGGGAUGUGGGGAGGCUGCAACACUUGGCGAGUGGGAGAGGCAAUAGAGGCGAUGGACUAUGCCCUCUGUCACGCCCAGGCCGAUACAGCCGACCAGGAGAUCCUUAAGUCACACCUGUGGCCAGUGGCUCGCCUCAACGCUACAGUACACGACUCCUACACUUGCAGAAGAUUUGGAAAAUCUUUGCCUUUUCCAUCACAAAGAGUAAACUUCACCUUCGUAGGACAAAGAUCAUACCGCAGGAUGCAUCGACGGGAGAGGACUUAUAUUCACUGCCCUCUCCUUUGUCGCCCUAAGGAGCACCACAAUUGGCUCUACUGUUGAAGUGUGGUUAGCUGUUGUAUAACUUACUCUAGUCUGAUCAUGGUAAGUAUUAUAUGCUGCUAUGUAUUGUUAAUAGUCGAGAUAAUGUAUAAUAGAAUGUGUUUUUUAAAUAAAAUUCGUGGAGAAUACUGUAGCGUACUUCCAUGAAGAAUGACUGUCUCUGAAGUUUAUACAUGGCAUUACAAUGUUUCUCUUUCACCGAUUUCUUUUCGCAAAGGAAUUUUAGUCCAUUACUUUUCAGAGCUUCACUGUAUUCAUGUAUACAGAGAAAGUGAAUACACAAUAUAUUACUAAACAGUAUAUGCUGCCUAUCCCUCCACUCAGAUCCAGCAGACACUAGCAGACAUAAGGAUGAAGUUAAGGAUAUUUGAUACAGAAUUACAGAUGCUCCUAAUACCUUCUACCCCCUCACCUGAGGUCUAGUUUUACCUAGGAUAAGUUACUUCUUGAAGUGUUUACUCUUCUCCACUGUCCUCACAUUACCUAAGUACAGCACCUUUGCUUAAGUCAUUGUGAGAAUAAUGCAUUAAUCUCCACCAGGAGAGGAGGACAUACUGUACAGUGGAGACAACUUACUCUCCUGGUUAGGUGUGAUAUGGUAAGUGAAAUUUCCACUGAGCACCUGGGAGACUGCCAAACCCUUGCUAUGGACAGUGAGCCACCCAAUGGGUUGCCUUACUUAGUGGCCUUAGCCCCAUCUUCCAGACCAUCUUUUAUAUGGGUUCACAAACAGUUCAGCUGGGAUGAACCAAGCUUGAAAAAUAUCACCAGAGCAAUGCUUGAGUAAGCACCAUUAGCACAAGACUGCCCAGCUUCUGGCCAUAAGUGCCCCCAACUCCGAGAACUUCCUUCUGGCCAUGAACUUACUGGAGAAUGAACUUACUAAACCUCUCACUGAGGACAACUAACAAGGACGUUUUGUCCAAGGGUCUUACCUCUGUUGAAUACUACCAAGAAGACUCAGACACGUAACUUAUAUGAUUAAUAAGGGCAUAACAUCUUGUUUUCUUUCACUCUGACUUUAGGUUGGGGCCAGAAGUGAAAGACCAUUUGGAAAAUUUAUAACACUGAGGUAACCAAACCCUGUUGGGUCAAGAGAAACCACUAGAAAAGGCAACACCCCCGUGUUGCAAUAGUUUUGAUAUCUCUUAAAACUUAUUGGAAGAGGAGAAAAAAGAUUUGCCUGGUCCUAAGGAUUUCAGUUCAAGAAAAUAACAUCCAACCCCACUGACCUUUCCUGUGGAACUGGCAAAACAAAUACAGUAAUGAGAAACGGAAUAUCAAGCUUGUCUUCCGAGUAAUAGAGAAACUACAAACAAAACAACUAGUUCUUUCAAGUUCACAUACAAACCCAACAUGGAAGGAGACCAAAGUCUCCUGGGGUCCAUAUAGGAACCUCUCAGAAGAAUUUGAAGAACAUGUACCGGUAACUAAAUUAGUGGGGAAUAAGCCAAACAGACGUUAAAAAGUCCAACCAACUCAUUCCUAGCAUGUACAGUAUAUCACAUUGGAAGCCCAACCAUAGUAAAUAUUGUCUAGAACCAAAAAUUACCAAUUUCAUCUAAAAAUACAGCUUUCGUUAAACACUGAAUCACUCUUUGUUUAAAUUCUAUAUUGCCUUUAAAGUUGUACCCAAAAUAAUCCAUCUUUCUAUAGACACCAGACUGAAAAUCAAAUUAUAUCCUAAAAUCCAUAACAACAACCCCUUGAAAGCUUAGUGUACCUUCUUGAAGCCAUUUACAACUUAAAAAAUGGCACAAUACCUUCAACUGAUGAUGGGCUUCAACUAGAAAUGCUUAUCAAAGGGAACAUGUCAGUAGAUAUCCUUUGGUUCAACAAAGAUCAAGCAAAGGUUUUUCUUGAAGCUUAACCUCACUUGUUUAAUGGUGGAAAACCUACACUCAGCAUCAGGAAUUCUUUCAUUCAUCCACUUGAAGUCAUGAAUUCCUCUAUUUACCUUCUUUAUCUAUUGGCCACCCACUAGAGGGAAGGAGGCCAGUGGACCAUGUAGGAUCCCUCCAUUGUUCCUGAUAGUCUUGUCUAUGAUCACCAGAAGAUUUGAAACAAGAUAAUCCCUCAUGAUGAUAGUGAUGAAACCCUAGACCUAAAAUGACUUAAGACAUGAAAGAUGAAAUUUAUUUUUACCUAUUUCACCUACAUAAUCCCCCUCUGGACAUCUGAAUUUAUCUCGCUCUGGACUCGAUACUGAGGCUAUAAUCCACUUCAAUCCUUCUGAAACAACUAUGAAUGGCCAAAGAUCCUGUUUCUAUAUUCCAAUAAAAUUAGUUAGUCUCCCAUUCUCUGACAGACCCUUGGCUCCAGUAGUCUAAUUCGACCUUACUCUCCUCUAAGAAAAUUAGAUGAGGAAUGGGCUUGAUUUUUUUUUUAAAUCCACAUUGUAAUGUACAAUGAGAGAAUGAAGUAUGUUCCCAUGGAUUUGAUGAAUACAACUCAGAAUGGUUGAACAAUUUAACACACACGUGAAGCCCAUAAACAGUUGGCAGGCCUGUGGAACCUUGGAAAAGGGUGCCCAGUGACACCAUUCACUGUGUUGGGUAGUCAGGUUUCACUAUACAGUACUUUGGCCAAAGCUGGGAAGAUACUUCAUUGUCUUACUGUUCAUAUACUGAAUCUGUACUCCAAAUUACUUGAGACUUAUCUAAAACUAAUUGCUUGUUAUUUCAUAAAAGCAAGUACUGUAUGUACAGUGUUGUAUACUGUAUGUUGAAGAUAACUUUUCUUACUGGACUGAGUACUGGGUACCUCUCAAAUUUGUUUUCAAUAAAGUACUAGACCAUGAUGAUGACCAUAUUGAAAACUUUUGUGGGAUUGUGCUGAAGAGUCAACAUGAUAAAGUACACAGUACAGUAUACUGUAUAGGAAUUUAUAAGAUGCAAUGCACGGGCUAAAACUUUUGUACCACAUUUUAUUGUUUAUCUUUGGUUGACAAAACAAAGGUAUAAAGUUAAAUAAGAUGCAUGUCCAGUAAAACAAGAACCUAGGACUGAUGGUGAGAGCUGUGGGUCACCUCAGUCUUGUUCCUGCACCCUACCUGUCCUCCUCCUGGUAGUUGCACCAUAAGGCCUUGGGAGGACUGCUGCAGAGAUUAAGGACAUCUUUUACAUCAAUAAUACUUAAAUAUGUUAAAUUCAAAACACUUUCAAACCACCUUUAUUUUUAAAGAAUGAAAAAAAUCAUCUGCAUAUCAUCUGCACUAUAUAUUUUCAGUUUUGUAAAAUUUUUGUGUCAUAUUAUUUUAUCAUGAAAUAUCCCUGAAAAUACAGUUGUAUCAUGUAUAUACAAGUACUGAACUGUACCAUUGUAUAUUUUAGGUUAUAUUUAAGAACACCUUAUUAAUACAUGUACCCUGUGUAUUUAUAUGAUGCAAUACAGCUUUUGGACUUUCCAAAAUAAAGAUUAACUUUAUAGCUAACCUGUAUUACAGCAGAAAGGUUAAAAAGGACUUUUUUUUUUAAGCCCCCUGAUAUUGAACCCAGGUGGCCUUAGACAAAUUCAUAUACAGGUACGUACACUCAAAAUUUUCCUUCAUUUAUUUUCAUUCAAUCCUUAUUGCUGUAAAAUGUCCAACAUACCUGUUAUUUCACCCACAACAAUGCUAACAGUAUAUCCUUCCUCAAAAACUACUUGAUCUAAUGCUCACUGCUGUCACGUGUACACGACUGCUUCUUCCUGGAAUAUCCAUCCCCCUUACUUCUGGUGCAACCUCCACCUGCUUCUUGGUAAACCUUUCCCUCUCCCUCCUAUCAUCUACCUCUAAUGCAUAUACUGUACAGAACUGUACUCUUUUUACCAAUCUGGCAGCUCUGUUGGCUAUCCUUGGUCAAAUUGCCUUACUGUUUAUCAUUGUUGUUUACCUAUACAGUUCUGUCUAGGCCCACAGGAAACUAUUCUCCCACUGCCUACAUGCACCAUAUGCACUACAGUACCUACAUUGUAUAUACGUACUCAUACUGAACUGUACACCUGCAUAGUUUAUAUAUUGUACGUGGCUAUCCAACUGUAAACCUGUAUCAUAAUUUCAAUGAAUAAAAUAUUUUUAUUAUU